GAAGUAUUUUUUUCGGAGCUGUUAAAUGGUAUCCCAAUCGAUUUUUAGAAAGUUUUGUUUGCUGCUUCUGGCACUUGAGGGCUGUGAGGGCAAACGUAAUUGGGACUACGACCCGAUAUUCCUUACCGGCAACAGCUCAGAUGAGACUAAGCUGAAGCCCGAUUUUCGUGUAGAACGCGUGGGUCGCUACGAAGUUGGCUUUUCGGGCACCCUGGACUGGCAAUAUGAUAUCGAUAACACAACUAUGGUUGAGGUACAGAUCUUUCGCAGCUCAAGCGGCAGCGAAAGUGACUACCGACUGAUCCCCUUCGCUGUUCCAAAGAGACCUCUUGCGACUACAAAGGCCAUAUACGAUGAUCUGUUAUAUGCCAAUAUUAAACACUGUUCUAAUAUGCCCCGAUUUGAAGGGGAUGCUUUGCUUCCAUGGCCCAGGAAUCUGUACAAAUUUCAUAUGUGUGACUUCAGAAAUGGAUUAUUCCCUGAAAUACUAAUGGAUGGUUUCUAUAAGAUUAAGAUCAUCGUGACUGGCGAGGUCGAGUGGAGCGUGACUUUUGUUUCAAGGAUAAGGACAACAUUAUUCUAAUGGAAUGAACAUAAUAUAGGGAAAAUUUAAUCUGGGCUUAGUUGCAUUUCACGUAAUAUUACUAGCUAUGCUCUGCACCUUUUGCUGUUUUGCUUUUUUGCUUGGUUUGUUAUUUAGUUUAACUUAUUCAAAAGCGAGAUGCUCCUCUUUCUUCGAAUCUAU